GAUGAUUGAGUUAGCAGAUCAGCCUGCUGGAGAAAUUAAAAAAAUCUUGUGAGCAAAAAUUAUGUCCUUCGUAUUGAUAAAAAUAUCCUCAGAGCACAUAGUUUCCACCCUGUAUAUGAACCAUUUUAUUUUCUCGUGUGUGUCAGUGUUCUAGAUCUCAAUGGCGGGAAGAGACAUGUUUUUCAGUGAAUGCAAAAGAUAAACAUUACUGAAAAUUAUUUUGUGUGGUUUUAAAAAUAUCAAAGAGCAUUUAUCUCAAAGUGAUUUUGUGUGCAAAAUAAUAAAGUACCUACCUACCUACUUUAUUUUUCAAAUUUCUUCAAAAUCUUACAUUUCAAACCCAAUUCUUGGUUUUCAGGCAUGCCAGGUUUCACAAGGCAAUGGGACGCCUCAUGUCCUCGAGAAUGGGACAGGUGGGAAGACGAUGGUGUCACGUGGGUCAUCCAGGACCUGGCGCCCGAAGACGACGAAACCGCUCUGCAAAUCCUGGAGUACGACUUCCUGCCUGAUGAGCCGCUGUGCACUUGCAGCAAACUUACCGAAGACCCAGAGAGCGUUACCAGUAUGGUGAGCUUCUGGCGUGAGUGCUUAGCGCAAAGAAUGACUCUUGGCUGCUACAGGCUGACCAAUGGAGACAAGGAGUUGGUAGCUCUCAAUGUUUGCGUGGUUGACACUAUUGAUGAAAAAGUACCUAGCACACCGAUCGAGGGUGUGGCGUGGAAAAACGUGUAUGGUGCGAUGGAAUAUAUAGAAAAGAAAUGCGACCCGUUCAAAUACCUCAAUCUGGACAAAAUCCUGCACGCACUCGGUCUAUCCGUCAAGCGGGAAUACCGGGGGAAAAGGCUAGGCAGUAGAAUCUUAGCAGCUAGGGAGCCGCUCAGCCUAGCACAUGGUGUAAAGGCCACAGCGACAGUGUUCACAGGCCCCGCCUCACAGAAGUCAGCAGCCAGGUGCGGCUUCCACACCAUCUGCGCAGUUUCCGCUCCGGAGCUGGCGGACAACGGGCUGAACUACCCCCGCGAUGACAAUAUCGUUAUUAAGCUUAUGGUGAAGAGAUUUGAUGAAUAAUGUCAUCAUAUCCUGCUUGAAAACAAAAGUAUUUAACCAAUGUCUACUAAGUCUCGAUAGCUCAACGGUUGAGGAGCGGACUGAAUUCCGAAAGGUCGGCGGUUCGAACCCCACCCCUACGAUAAGCAUGACCUUCACACAGCUUGAUAUAAUGGCUUAAGCUAUGUCAUUGACCUAGGUUCUCCUGCGGAUCUUCUCAUUUCGGAUGUUUCUCCUCAGGGAAACUCUGGGGCAAUCAUGGCAAGAUUGAGUAAUUAUUAUAAUAUUAUGAGCCAUUACUACAAAAUUAAUAUAAUUAAUUAUAAAGCCUGACCAGAAAAAAAACCUCGUCAUAUUGCGGAAACCCCGUGGAACUAAUAUAUAAGACCAUAUACUUAGUGGCCAUAUACCAGUGGCGCCCCCACAGCAAGUUUAUUUUUAUAUUUCUGGUCAGGCUUUACUUUAUUACUAGUAAAAAUUAUAUUUAAUUGUUUGGUAUUGUAUUUUCUAUUAAGUAUAAGAAUAAAGUUUGUUGGUAAGAUAAUAAAAUCUUGUUUUUCU